AGCGAAUCGGACACUUUUAGCUAGCUGUCUUUUAGCCAAACACACCGCAGGGAACAAACUGGAGCUUUCUAAGGUUAUAAAAGCCCUCAGGGUUUGUUUUUUAAAACGCCUAUGCACAUCUUCUCUUCACGUUGCUUAGGACACAUCGUUAGUAAAAUGUCAUCCAGCGGGUUUUUCAUGUACUUUGCUUUUGGCAGUAAUUUACUGAAAGAGAGACUUCAGCUAAAAAACCCAUCAGCUGUGUUUCACUGCGUCGGCAGAAUACAGGGCUACAGGCUGAAUUUCGGUCUUUCGGGCGACUGCACUGACUGUGCUUGGCACGGUGGAGUGGCCACAAUACAGGAGAGUGAAGGAGACGAGGUCUGGGGAGUCGUGUGGAGGAUAGACAGCCAAAACCUGCCCAGUUUAGACAGACAGGAACAGGUUCAUGAAGGUGUGUACAGCCCAUUAGAGGUCAAAGUGGAAACAAAGGAAGGGCCACUUCUCUGCCGGACGUAUAAGAUGAACAAUCUCAGACCCUGUUCACCUUCACCACAGUAUAAAAAGGUUGUGUGUUUAGGGGCUCAACAGAACGGCUUGCCUCAAAACUACAUACAGAAGCUUCUGGCACUGGAGACAAACAACUACAGCGGCACUUCCAUAUUGGAUCAGAUUACAGACAUUGAGAAAUGACCUGCAGGAAAUGACCUAUUUUUUUUCAAGCUUAUGUCACUCAAUCAUAAAUAAAUAAAGUCCCAGACUUUAACCCAAUGUUA